AUGAUCGAGGUUAUCGUAAACGAUAGACUGGGCAAGAAGCUGCGGGUGAAGUGCUUGUCGACCGACUCCGUCGGUGACCUGAAAAAGGUCCUGGCGGUGCAGCUUGGAACUGCGCACGGCAAGGUUGCGCUCCACAAGGGCGGCGUGAACCUGAAGGACCACAUUUCCCUCGAUGACUACGAGGUACACGAUGGCACGUACCUGGAACUUUAUUAUUUGUGA